CCAGUACGCCUGCCCUUCUACUGUCAACUGUUUCAGCCAAUUUCCAAUUUCAUUCCGACUACAGUCAGCACUCCGACAACUUAUCGACAAUGACUUCCAUGGCGUUGCUGGUGAUGAUCUACAUUUUCAUGCUGAUUCUCGGCUACUGGCAAGUGGAGGGAAGGCGGGCAAAGAAACCGACCUACUUCGACUACGACGAUGAGUCGGACUUGUUCGAGAAGAUGGCGGACCAGGAGUAUCACAUCCAGUCGAGCUCAUACGGUGGCGACGAAGACGACCCCAUGGACGAGGUGCUGGACACCAGUGACUUGGACCUGAACCUCGAUUACCACAUGGGCAAGAACAAGGAACGUUUGCAGCGCAAGUCGCACAGCCACUUUCCCGAUUCCUGGGCCAAGUUGGUCCAGGAGGGCGAGGAGGAAUUGCGGCUGGAGAAAAUGGAGCAGGGCGGCCACUUCGAUGACGACUACCAGAUGAUCGACGAGGAGGACGAGCAGCAGCACUGAGCCACACACCACAGAGACCACUCAAGUUCCAAUUCCAUUCCAUUUCAAGAACAAACUUUGCCUUUUUUCUAUUCCCUUCUAUUUGUUAUUCACGUUUCAAUCAAUUGUCGUUUUCAUAAAUAUAAAGAAUGGUUGGCAAAUUAAAAA